AUGCAGGUUGACCCUGCUCAGAUUGACAUGCCUCAGGCUGUCCAUGAUGGCGCGCAACAACCGCGCAAUAGAACUUCUGGGCGAGCUACGGCCACCAGAGACUGGAAACGGGCUAGAACCCAAGAUAUACUGUCUGACUCAGACGAGGAGGGGGAUGAGGGGUCAGACGUCCCGUACUCAGACCCAUACGAGGACGAGCUCUCAGAGGGUGAAAGCCUCCAGGGGAAGCAGUUCCCCUUAGCGCCUACUCGUACCGCUACACAUUCAGGGGCACCCGAGGCGGCAACAAGCCACGACCCUAAAGAGGUUCUGCUAUUUGACCCUGACAACUUAAGACACCCACGCUCGGCGGAGUGGGAACCCUCCGAACACAUUGCCCGAUACCUGGCCCUCAGAGUACGUAAGUCCCUUUCUCAGGAGGGCCGUAAUAAGCUGAGAGCUGA